AUGACCGGUGAUGAUUGCAUCUCCAUUGGCCGGGGGAGCAGGCAAGUACGAAUCACAAACGUAAGGUGCGGACACGGGCAUGGCAUUAGUAUUGGAAGUUUAGGAAAGUACGAGAAGGAAGAACCUGUGUCUGGAAUUUAUGUGAAGAAUUGCACAAUAUACGACACCGACAAUGGCGUGAGAAUUAAGACUUGGCCCGCAUUGCAUGGUGGCAGUGUGUCGAAUAUCCAGUUCGAGGAUAUCGUCAUGCAAAACGUCAGCAAUCCCAUCAUUAUAGAUCAAAUGUACUGCCCGCAUAACGAAUGCAAUCGCAAGAUGCCAUCAAAAGUUAAAAUAAGCGACGUCAUCUUCAAGAAUAUUCGAGGAUCGUCAAGAACGCCCACAGCCGUUCAAUUGACAUGCAGCAGCAGCGUACCAUGCAAGAACGUUGAACUUUCUAACGUUAACCUCCAGUACACCGGAUCUAAGGGUCCUGCAAAAUCUAUUUGUACAAAUGUUAAGCCUAAGAUUAUAGGAAAGUUGAUUCCGAGAGGAUGUUAA